AUGGACGAUGCUUCUCUGUGUUGCGAACGAUUACCGGACGGAGAAUGCAUUGAGAUUCUGAAAGAUGAAGAUGAUGUACUAAUUGGAAUAGAUUGUCAAAAUGAUAUCUCUGAAGGAAGAAAGGAAUUUCUUGCGCCUGCUGUUGGAAUGGAAUUCGAGUCGUAUGAUGAUGCUUACAAUUAUUACAUUUGUUAUGCCAAAGAGGUGGGGUUUUGUGUGAGGGUGAAGAAUUCAUGGUUCAAGAGAAAUAGCAAAGAAAAAUACGGUGCGGUACUUUGUUGUAGCAGCCAAGGUUUCAAAAGAAUAAAAGAUGUUAACAAUUUGAGAAAAGAGACGAGAACUGGUUGUACUGCUAUGAUAAGGAUGAGGUUAGUGGAGUCUCAGAGAUGGAGGAUACGCGAGGUAACCCUUGAACAUAACCACAUAUUAGGUGCUAAGAUUCAUAAAUCGGUUAGAAAGAUAGGAACUGGAACUAAAAACAAGUUGUUACCUAGUUCUGAUGUUCAAGUGCAAACAAUAAAGUUAUAUCGUGCACUUGUGAUAGACGCAGGUGAUGGUAAUUUAAACUCCAAUGUGAAAGACGGCAAAACUUUCUCUGAAUGUUCUAGUGAGUUGAGCCUAAGAAAAGGGGACACACAAGCUAUUUAUAAUUUCGUGUGCCGUAUGCAACUGACUAAUCCACACUUCUUUUAUUUGAUGGAUUUCAAUGAUGAAGGAUGUUUGAGGAAUGUGUUAUGGGUUGAUGCGAGAUCUAGGGCUGCGUGUGGGUAUUUUAGUGACGUCAUUUAUUUUGACAACACUUAUUUGUCAAACAAAUAUGAAAUCCCUCUUGUGGCUUUUGUUGGAAUAAAUCACCAUGGUCAAUCAGUGUUAUUAGGCUGUGGUCUUCUUGCUGGGGAAACGACCGAAUCAUAUACUUGGUUGUUUAGAACAUGGGUUAUGUGUAUGUCAGGAUGUUCACCUCAAACUAUUAUUACGGAUAGGUGCAAGGCUUUGCAGAGUGCAAUUGCAGAAAAUUUUCCCAAAUCUCAUCAUUGUUUUGGCUUGUCGUUAAUUAUGAAAAAAGUACCAGAAAAACUGGGAGGGUUGCGCAAUUACGAUGCAAUCAGAAAAGCACUGGUUAGAGCCGUUUAUGAGACAUUAAAAGUGAUUGAAUUUGAGGCAGCAUGGGGCUUUAUAAUUCAACGUUUCGGACUUAGUAACCACGAGUGGCUUCGUUCCCUUUAUCAAGACCGAGUUCAUUGGGCACCGGUAUUUUUAAAGGACAAAUUUUUUGGUGGAAUGGCUGCGACACGCUCUGGUGAGAAUCUUAGUCCAUUUUUUGAUAAAUAUGUGCACAAACAGACUCCUUUGAAAGAGUUUCUUGACAAGUAUGAACUAGCUCUUCAUAAAAAAUACAUGGAAGAAUCUUUAGCAGAUAUUGAAUCAAGAAGCUCGAGCCCCUUGUUGAAAACCAAGUGUUCUUUUGAACUACAGCUCUCUAAAAUGUACACAAGAGAAAUAUUCAGGAAGUUCCAACUUGAAGUGGGAGAAAUGUUGUCUUGUUUCGGGACGACUCAAUUACACGUCGACGGUCCCAUCAUAAUCUUCUUGGUCAAAGAGCGUGUUUUGGUUGAGGGAAACAAACGCGAGAUUAAGGAUUUCGAAGUUUUGUACAGUAGAUCAGUAGGUGAAGUUCGUUGUAUUUGUUGUUGCUUUAAUUUUUAUGGAUAUUUAUGCCGGCAUGCAUUGUGUGUACUCAAUUUUAAUGGGGUGGAAGAGAUUCCUCCCAAGUACAUUCUUUCAAGGUGGAAGAAAGAUUACAAGCGCCAUUAUAUUCCUGAUCACAACUCCGAUAGUUCUGAUAGUAUUGGCAGUAUUCAAUUGUGCAAUAAGUUAUUUAAAAGCGUCCUACAAGUCGUGGAGGAGGGAAUGAUUUCUGGAGACCAUUACAAUGUAGCGUUGCAGGCUUUAGAAGAAUCACUUAAUAAGGUUCAUGACGUAGAACAGAGGCAUGAGUAA